AGUCCAAAYUACCCCAAUGGCCCCCCGCCAGGGAUGACUUGUCAGUGGUUAAUURAAGCUCCACUUGGGAAAUAUUUGAAGCUGAUGUUCAAAGAUGYUAGUGUGAARMUUUGUACAGAUGUYCUUCAUGUUUACGAUGGUGAAGUUGAAACUCCAGAAGAUCUUCUGCAGAAAAGAUGUAUUCUUGGUAACAAUAAAAUGUAUCUGGAUGAAGAUAAACCCAUCUAUUCAUAUGGGGAUAGAUUAUUGGUAGUUUUGAAAACAGUGAAAUAUUUGAAGAUUGGUUCACAUCGAGGAUUUAAAGCUAUAUACUCAUCUGUAGAUGGAGGUACAGACUGUGGUCCUGGUAAAGCAAAUAUCAAUAAUAUUCAACUCUCAUCACCUACUGGUACAAUCAUCAGCCCAGGAUUCCCUGUCUCUGUUCCAUCUGAUGCAUUUACCUGUGUGUGGAGGAUUAGAUCACCCAAAGGACAAGUGGUUAAAGUGGACCUUGACUCAGUUUCACUUCGAGGAGCAAUCUAUAGAUUUGGAUGCAAAAGUACUCUGUCCUUUUAUACAAACAUUGGACCAGAAGUUUACGAAAUUAGCGAUUACUUGUGUGAUAAUUAUCAGUUUCAAACAGUCGUGUCUGUUGGUAGACGAAUGGAAAUUAUAUACAAACAAGAACAACUAACCAGUUUACGAAAGCCAAAAGGAUUUAAGCUGGAGUAUUCCACUCUAGGUUCAUUAUCAAAAAGUGGAAGCUGUAAAGCCAAUGGCGAGGGAACAAUUGAUGUCCAGGGKGAUGCUGGGACAAUCCAAAGUCCAAACUAUCCAAGAUACCAUCCUACUAACAUGACAUGUCGUUGGAAAAUCCUUGUAAGUCCUGGCAAUGUCAUUGAAUUUACUUCAACAACAAUUGGGCUUGACAAGGACUGUGAAAAAGAGUUGAUUCGYAUCUACGAUGGACCUGACACUUCAAGUCCUGAAUUGAAGAAACUGUGCUACUCUCACAGUCAAACCUUCUUCUCUUCAUCCAAUCGUAUCGUAGUUGAGUUUGUAACAAAAGGAAAUACAAAAUCUGACGGGUUUUACAUUACCUAUGCCGCAAGAAAGGCAAAACCCAAGUCUUAUGCUUGCUCAAAAUCACGAGACAUUGAUGCUGCAAGUGGGCAAAUUGCAAGUCAAAGGUUCCCGCUGAACUAUUCAAACAAUGCUUACUGCACWGACAAAAUUAAACUACCAAAGUUCAAUUAUCUUGUGAAUUUGACUUUCACAUCACUGGAUAUCGAGCCUGAUGGKGACAAAUGUGAAAAGGACUUUUUAUAUAUAGAGUCACUUGGCUAUAAACUGGCAAGACUGUGUGGAAAGAAGACAACUCCAUUUUCUAUCAUUUCAAAAAAUAAUGAAAUGAGAAUUGAUUUCAGAACUGAUGCGUCGGGACGAUAUCCUGGAUACRAGGCAACAUUCACCAGUGUACAAGAUUUUUCAUUUGGGAACUGCACGGAACCAGGCAAGGACAAUGUCAUUCCCAUGACAGCACCAAAUGGCAGGAUUUACAGUCCACGUUACCCAGAAUACUACCCACCAAACAUGAAAUGCAUAUGGGUACUUCAACCUCCUAAAGACAAGUUCAUCCGGCUCAUAUUUGAUGACAUUUGGUUGAAAAAAUGUACAGAAUCGUCUAUCGUAAUACGAGAACUAAAUACGAAGAAGUUAAUCGCUCGYUURUGUGAAUAUCCCUCAACACCYUACGUUCUGUUUUCCUCGCCUGAGAAUGGCCUAAUCGUGGAGUUCACCAGUGUUAAUAAGAAAUCGUUUCUUUACGGUAACAAAGGCUUUAGUGCACAUUACGAAACUUUUGCUCAGUCCAAGUCACCUUUAUCGCUCUCCUGUGGACAGAACACUCCUAGACAAAAGCUUAAAGGACCUGGUUCCAUUGCAAGCUACAAUUAUCCUCUCAAAUACCUAAACAAUGUCAAGUGUACGUGGGUGAUYUCGACUUCAAGCAGCAACAGAUUCAAACUYAAGUUUGAUUUYAUGGACAUUGAGCCCAGCCCUGGCUGUAAAGAUGACUAUGUUCAAGUUAGAGAUGGUGAAUACAGCAUUAGCAAAUCCUUGGGAAAGUUCUGUGGCUCAACAAAACCAGAUUCAUUCAAGUCGAGUGAAAGUUCAAUAUUYGUGGAAUUCAAAACMAAUGSGACUGGACAAUAUGGUGGUUUUAAACUAUCUUACGAAGAAACUUAUAAUGUGCGCACAAUCGUUCUGAUCUCAGUUUUCAGUGUAAUUGGUGGCAUUGGUUUAAUUUGUUUGAUUGGUUAUUGUAUCCUUAAGUGUUGUCUUGAUGAUGGAUCGAGUGGCCCACAAUUCGAAGCAGUUGGACUAAAGGAAAAAAUCGCUCACCUGGACUCUUCGAAACAAGCUCAAACCAUGAAGAUCAUUUCUUUCCACAUUUACGUUUUGAUUGUCGUUUUACGACUCAAUCUCAUACAAGGUGCUGUUAAUAACUGUGAGAAAAACAAAGUCGGUGUGAAUGUGGUUAAUCUCAAAGAGAAGAAUUCUACUGCUAUAGAGACUGUACCCUAUGAAAACUCUACAUGUACUUGGCAAAUAAUCGUACCCAAAGGACAUAUCAUAGAGAUUGUACCUAGUCGGAUGAAUUACAAAUUUAGUAUCAAUGAUUGCAAGAAAGAAAACUUUAUUAUUUACGAUGGAAAUUCAACAUCAGACUACCAAGUAGCAAAGUAUUGUGCCGAUAACAAACCAGGGACWCUUGUGYACGUAUAUCUGAGUGGCUCGUAUGGAAUGUUGGUGCUAAAACAAGGAGACCCAGCCAGCCCCAGGAAAAAGUUUUAUGUCUAUGCUGAGAAAAAGAAAGAUAAUUGUAAUGAUGGCAAGGUACUGAAACUAAAAGCUGCUUCUACUCUAUCCAACUUUACAAGCCCAAAUUAUCCCCACCCUACCCMCCCAGGAGCUAUUCGUCAAUGGCUGAUUGAAGCACCCAGUGGAAAAUAUGUUAAGCUGGAAAUAACUGAUGUUAGCUACUAUUUCUGCAAAACGACUACCUUAAAUGUGUACGAUGGUGAUAGUGAGAACCCAACAGAACUGAUAAGAAAUCUCUGCAACAAGAAAGACGAUGACUACAUAUUUCAAUAUCCAAAACUAACUAUCUUUUCAAAGGCUCAAAAGCUGUUUGUUUAUUUUAAAAGCCUUGCUUACAUCCAAUAUCCUAUCAAUAAUAAAGGUUUUCAAGCUUUUUACAGUGCUGUAGAGGGAGUUGCAAGCUGUGGAGUAAGGCGUGGUAAUGCUGUCAUUCACCUACAGGGUGACAAUGGUACAAUACAUAGUCCAAAUUACCCAUCAUACCAUCCUAGUAACCUGACAUGCCGUUGGGAUGUGUCUGUAAGUGUUGGUCAAUUUAUAGAGAUUACUAUGGCAACAUCAGCCUUCCGUGAAGACUGCAGUAAGCAGUGGGUACACAUCUAUGAUGGAUCUAAGACUUCCAGUCCGUUGCUGCUUAAACUGUGCUCAUACAAGGACUCCAAACCAUUUUUCUCAUCAUCUAAUCAAAUUGUUGUGGAGUUUGUAACWACAGGAACUGUGCAGUCCAAAGGGUUCUCUAUUUCUUAUACAGCCAGGUCAACAAAACCCAGACCUUAUGCCUGUCUGAACUCAAAACAUAGACUGAUAAAAAAUUCUACAAAUGGCUACAUUGCAAGCCCAAGAUUUCCUCUAAAUUAUUUAAAUAGUGCUCGCUGCUGGUUUGAUAUUGAAGUACCUUUAGGUAACUUUGUGUACUUGACAUUCAAGACAUUUGACCUUGGUGACAGUGAUAGUGAUGAAUGUGUCGAAGACUUUGUCCACAUAAGAUCGGUUGACAAGUUUGGUGAUUGGGAGAAGUCAUCAGUGCUGUGUGGAAAGAAGAAAACACCAUUUUCUUAUAUUUCUAGUACUAAUAAAGUCACAGUUUACUUUGAGUCUGAUAAUAAAGGACAGCAUCCAGGAUUUGAAGCAACAUUUCAGUUGAUUAAAUAUUUGCCAUUAUCAACAUCAUGUGGACAGAACUCACUCAGUCGAAAGCUURAGAGUUCUUCUGGCUCCAUUACAAGCUACGAAUAUCCCCUCAAAUAUCAAAACAAUGUGCAAUGCACCUGGAUUAUCUCAACUUCCAGUAGCCUUUACAAAUUUAAAUUGAAGUUUGAUUUCAUGGACAUUGAGCCCAGCCCUGGUUGUAAAGAUGACUAUGUUCAAGUUAGAGAUGGUGAYUCCAGAUUUAGYGAAUCCUUAGGAAAGUUCUGUGGCUCMACAAAACCAGAUUCAUUCAARUCGAGUGAAAGUUCAAUAUUYGUGGAAUUCAUAACCAAUGGGAAAGGACAAUAUGGUGGUUUUAAACUAUCUUACGAAGAAACUUAUAACUGGAAGGGAAUUCUUGUUAUAGUCGUAUGCACCGUUAUCAUCAUUCUUGCUCUAGUCGUCCUGGUUGGUUUUGUUAUCCGAAAAAACUUCUGUAAAAAGGACAUAUACAAAGGAACAGCCACUGAAACUGUUAACUUGAAUCCUACAAUCUGAUGGUGGAGAACCCAAUAUUACUUUCUCAUAUCUGGCAUGUCCAAAAUUUGACAAAACUGGUCCUAUUGAACAUGUGGGAGACUAAACAUUACUGUAUAAGGUAGUAUCGUCGUGUACCGUGUAACCAAGUACGUUUUUGGUUAUCCUCACUUAAAAAUUGAUCCCGCAGAUAAGAUUCAAACCUGCGAACCCUAAAUAUGACCUAUCCRAUCAUUAACCCUAAACCUAACCGGUUACGCCACGAGUGAAUUCGCUUGGUUGCACUCCUUUUUUUCUAGUAUUUAAACAAUUUCUCAUUAACAUUUCACUAAAUAAUUAAUAUAUAAGAACGAAGUGAACACGAAUUAUGGUCGGGAUAAUUUGCAUACGRUAAAUUUACAUUACAAUAAACUCCCCUGAGGUUUCCCGUACACGACGAUAAUACCGGGUAAUUAGCCUAACCAAAUGUACAGUGGAAAWAAAAGUGGAAACUCGCUUCUGGUGCUGGGAAUAGUCUCAAAACCUUCCGUUCAUCUAUUAGCUUUGGCAGAGAUUUGUUUUGUCCUCCUGGUUUGUUUUUGCUAUUAAAAGGUUUUCCUYUAAGUUGAACACAGUAGCAUCAAUAGAGACUGAAGACUUAACUUAAACUACUGUUUCUGAUGUUUCAGCUGUUUGUAUUUUUCCAACUAGGGAAUAACUUGAAUUUUAUUCAAGUGUAUAUUGUGCGGUUUCCCCCUAACUUUUGCAAGUGAGAAGUAUGCCAUGCAGGCUAGCCCUGUCCACUUGGGAGCAUUUUUGUAGUGUUUUGCAGUGUCAAUUCCCUUGAGAACAAUAGAAAUUACAGGAAUGCUUUAAUGYGGACAAGGUCCUUAGCUUGUGCACUCUUUUUGUCAACAAUAAACAACAAACAUUGA